GGAACGCGCUAGCUGCUCCUCGGGCGGGCGCGAUGGCGAAUGUGUCCGAGAGGACGCUGCAGGUGUCGGUGCUGGUGGCCUUCGCCUCGGGAGUGCUGGUGGGCUGGCAGGCGAACCGGCUGCGGAGACGCUACCUGGACUGGAGGAAGCGGCGGCUGCAGGACAAGCUGGCGGUGAUGCAGAAGAAGCUGGACCUGGCCUGACCGCUGCGUCGGAGCGCACGACCGAGCCACGCUUGCUCUCCCUCCCCACCUGCCGCGCCGGGGUCCUCCGGGAGUCUCGCUUCUGCAGGUGGACAUAAAGCACUGGAGGGAAAGACUUUUCUUCUUGCACUUUAUGAACCCAUUUUAUUUUUAAAAUAAAAUAUUUUAAGCAUC